AUGGUCACCGCCGAAUGCGUUUCUGGGUCUCUCUGCGGUCCUUGCGGCCACGUGACGCCGAAGAGUGCAGCUCACGCUGAAAGAACUGUACGGAAGUGGUUUGCUAGAUUUAAAGCUGGUGAUUUCAAUCUUGAAGAUCAAGAAUGCCCGGAUAGGCCCUCCACCACAGAUGAAGAUCAGAUUAAAACACUGAUCGAGAAUAACCCACGCUAUACGAUACGUCCCCAUGAUUUAACGGAGAAAAAUUUGAUGGAUCGCAUUUCUAUUUGCAACUCCCUCUAUAAACGCAACGAAGAGACACCAUUUUUGAAGGAAGUAGUGACGGGGGAUGAAAAAUGGAUCAUUUACAAUAAUGUUGAGCGAAAAAGAUCUUGGGGAAAGCGGAAUGAACCACCUUUAGCCACCCCAAAAGCCGGUCUUCAUCCAAAGAAGGUUAUGGUCUGUGUCUGGUGGGAUUGGAAAGAUGAAUUGAAGACAGCAAUUGAACAAAAACGUCCAGAAAUAACGAAUCGGAAAGGCGUCGUGUUUCAUCAGGACAUUGCGCGGCCUUAUGUGUCUUUGAUAACUCCACAAAAGUUGUUGGAGCUCGGUUGA